AAAUCGUCAAUGCAUUUGGGAAUGCCACUCAGUAUGCUAAUAAAUGGGCAAAAGCAUGGCAUCAAUGGGCAUUGUUCAACACUGCUGUAAUGUCUCAUUACACUGUAAGAGGUUAUCCCAUUGUGGCAGCACAGUUUGUGGUUGCGGCAGUAACUGGAUAUUUUCAUUCAAUAGCAUGUGCAGCAAAUGCAAAAGGUGUUGAUGAUAGUUUGCAGGAUAUUCUUCGUCUUCUCACGUUGUGGUUCAACCAUGGAGCUACAGUGGAAGUCCAAAUGGCACUACAGAAAGGAUUUUCACUUGUUAACAUCAACACUUGGCUGGUGGUUUUACCUCAAAUAAUUGCCCGGAUACACUCUAAUAACCAUGCUGUGAGGGAACUAAUACAAUCAUUGUUGGUGCGAAUUGGACAAAGUCAUCCACAGGUUUGCUUUUGA